AUGGAGUCGUCAUUCGACAUCAACGCACUUGCUCAGCUUGGUCGCGAGCAGAAAACACUACUUGACACUGUCGAUAGUCUUCGUGGGCUUGGCGUUGAGCUUGACUCCCUCCCCCAGAUUGUGGUGGUUGGCGACAAAUCAUCUGGCAAGAGCUCUGUUCUCGAAGCCAUAUCCCGCGUUCCAUUCCCUGUGAAGAGCAGUCUUUGCACAAGAUGUCCUACAGAGCUUGUUUUAAGAAAGGCGCCAGAGGCGAAAGUCGCAGUCAAGAUCCGCAGCAAGGAUGCAGAGCGUGAUGUUAUGUUCAGCAAAGAUCAUCUCGCCGGCGAUGUCCUGUCAUCUAUCAUUGAGAAAGGGAAAGAGGAGAUGGGCAUUGGAAAGGGUAGUGCAGACUUUUCGGAAGAAAUCCUCCACAUCGAGAUAUCCGGUCCUGAAUUGCCGCACUUGACCCUCGUUGAUUUGCCGGGGCUCUACCGUGCAACCACCGAGGGUGAAUCGGAAGAAGGAAUGGAGAUGGUCCGUUCGCUGGCGCUGCGUUACAUGAAUCAAAAAAACACCAUCAUUCUUGCCGUAGUCGCAGCUAGCAGCCCUGCCUCGACGCAAGAGGUGCUGAGUUUGGCAAAGUCUUGCGAUCCAACCCGCGAACGGACGAUAGGCGUUAUUACCAAGCCAGAUCUGCUCCAGUCACUAUCUCCCGAGGAAAGAGACAUCAUCCAGCUUGCACAAAACCAGGAACUCGCUCAGACACUCAGAUUGGGGUGGCACAUUUUACGGAAUAGGAGCAGCUUGGAGACCGACGAGAACAAUGGCGGUUACUCAAAAUCAUCAAACCAAGAGAGAGAUGAGACAGAAACUAAGUUCCUCGGUUCGGGGUCCUGGACAGCCAUCCCGUUCCAAGACCGAGGCGUGGAAACGCUCAGGGAAAAGCUCGGCUCAAUACUUACAUCGCAUGUGCAGGCUAGCCUCCCCGAGCUCAUAGACAAUAUGGAACGAAAGCUUAAAACUUACGAACACGCAUUGGCGAAAAUCGGCAAGGCUCGAAAAACAGACCCCGAGAAACGAGGCUACAUCUUCAACAUAGUGAGCCAGUACCGCGAUGUCGCUCAAGCAGCCAUUCGCGGUAUAUACGAUCACCCAUUUUUUCGCAAAAUCGACACAGGUACACCAAUCGCAAGUCUUGUUAGAUGUGACGAGCGUAAACUUCGCGCCGUCGUCCGCAACUUGAAUUGUGCGUUUGACACGGUAAUUUCAACAAAUGGUGCAAGGCGGACGUGGCCACGGCUGGUUUCAUUAACUGAUGAUGAAGGCAUGACCAAUGUCCCUGAGUCACUAAAGCCGUGGAUAAAUCUCCUUGAUACUCCAAGUCCGACAUUUGUCACCUGGGAGAAUCUCAAAGCAGAACUCGAAACCAUGGCAGCCAAUAGCAGAGGCAAUCAGUUCCCUGGGUCACCAAACGAUAGCCUUGCUUUGGAACUCUUUCGGGAUCAGAUUCAAAAGUGGCAUAAGAUUGCUUCUACAUAUAUCAGGCUAGUCCUUCAAAUAAGCAGAAUAUUCGUUCAGUUAGCCCUAGAUCACAUUACAGGAUCGAAUAAGGUCACCAAAGACGCAUUAUACGAGGAAUUUGUGGAUCGAUUCUUCGAUAAAAGGACGUCAGAACUGGAUACAAAGCUUAUCGAACUGAUUCAGCAUUAUCAAGAUGGUAAUGUCGUUUGCCUAGAAGAUGAGUUUCGGAGGCGUGUUGCGAGCCGCAACAAGCUGACUCUUGCCACACGAAUCAAACAGACAUUGCCAGAGAACGGUGAUGUUGUGGCACAUGGUCUUACCAGAGAUGAUGUUUUCAAUUCCAUUAAAAAUGCAGCGUCAGAAACAAUGGACUGGUAUGGCUUGGAGCAUGCCGUUGAUAUAAUGAGUAUCUACUAUCAUAUGUCGUUGAGAACCUUCACGGAUAACGUGAUAAUUUUAGCGGUAGAGAACUGUCUCAUUUCUAAAAUCCCAAACCUGUUUAAAGAUAUCAUGGAGAAGAUGGAUAAAGCAACAUUGGACAAGCUCUCAGCUGAACCGCGGCUCAUAAGCCAAGAACGCAAUCGGCUUCAAAAAGAAGUGGACGCACUGAAGAAUGGCUUGCGUAUCUGUGAGAAAAACCGACCGUUGAUAGGGUCUCUCCUUCCACAGAAGGAUACGACUCGGGGCAACAGCCCUGAGUCAAAUGAGAGCAUCAGCUGCAACUUUACAAGCAUUGACAACGCUGCUUCUACAGAAGAGGCAGUUACACCAACAAGGCCUAUUCAAUCUCCCUCGUCUUCAACCUCUGCAGCACAUAUUGAAGCAACUACAACUGGGUCUUCUGCACUACUCGCCAGCAAGUCACCAAAACGGGAGAGUGAAACCCCCCACACUAACUCCCCACUUGGUGCAAAGAGUCCUACUCCCGUCAAGGACGAAAAGGGAGGCAUUUCGCCUAGGGUUGCAUGUUCUGUGGGGGAUCACCUCGAAAUCAAGGCCAUUUCUACUAAGGAGAACGCUGGGAGCAGUCCUCCUUUGGGGAGGGACGAAAAUGUGCGCUCUGUGGGAGCAAAGACAUGUAGACAUGAUGGAGUUGCAGCCAAAGUGAAGCCCAGUGACAUUCUUAGUCAAGAACUCCUUGAUACCCGCAGCGAGGUUUGGCAUGUGGAAAAUAUUGGGCUGGGGACUUGGGAAAACGAGCCUGACCUAUCGGUCAAGAAUCAUAUAGUUAGCAUAUGCUGCAGCUAUCAGCUUGGACCUGCACGGAAGGAAUUUUCUCCGGAGGAAUUACGGUUAAAGUAUAAAUUACUUCACUGA